AUGUCGAUGUUAAAUUCAAUAAUAUACUUAUUUAAGAUAGUCAUUCCAGCUUAUUAUUCAUUGAAAUUUUUAAAAAAACGCAAUCAGUAAUAAAUAUCAAAUAUAUUGAAAUUUUGGUGUGUCAAUAGUGUUUGGACAAUAUUCGAAGUGUUAGUUCCUCUGGUUGUUGAUUAAUGGUUUUUCUUUGUAACAAAUGUAAUAUUCUACGUAGCAUUGACAUUCCCUGAAUAUAAAAGGGCAGGAUAAAUUUUUGAUUUAACUAUUUCAAAACUUUACUUAAAGAAUCAAGAAGUUAUAUCAUAAUAUGCAGAUAUGGUAGAAAACAAAUUUGAUGAGGCUACUGGAUCUGUUACAAAUAAAGUUAAAGAUGUCUUAUCUGUUUCAGUAUUUCCAAAGCUUCAAUUAGUAUUUGAAAAGACUGUAAAAAAAGCUUUAUUUUCUUUCAACUAAAAGUAAAUUACAGCAGAAGAAUAACAAUCAGCUGAUAAAAAACAAGAAUGA